GGCAAGAGAGAAAAAGCUCAAAAAGUAAUUUGGCUUUAAGCAGCCAGUCAAGAAUUGAGAAGAUAAAGAUAUAUGCUGAUCUUCUCAUUCUUUGUUCAUCAUCUUCAAAGUUGGAACAAUUAAGAGAUGGCAGAGGCUGUGGUCUCUUUAGCCGUAACAAGGCUAGGAGAUUUGUUGAUAUCUCAGGUGCAGUUUUCAUAUCAAGUAAGAACCCAAGUGGAGGAAAUCCAAACUGAGCUCACAAGAAUGCAAUGUUUUUUAGCAGAUGCAGAUAAACGACAACAUGCAGACAGCAGAGUUCGCAACUGGGUAGCUGAGAUCAGAGAGCUUGCUCAUCGAACAGAAGAUGUUAUCGAAAUUUACGCGCUCCGAGUUGAAAAAAAUGGAAGGCUUUUUCGAGAAAUUUCGAGAAGAUUUGCUUGCAUUUUGUGUCAAUGUGUAAGCCUAUAUAAAGUUGGUAAGGAAAUUGAAAUUAUAAAAUGUAAGCUUAGAAGUGUUACUGCAAGUUUACAGACAUAUGGUGUGAGGGCUUUAGAGGGGGGAGAUGCCUCGAAUUCGGUUAAAUUUGAAGUGCCAUUGUUGCCGAGGAUUAGUUAUUCUCAUUUGAUCGAGAAAGAUUUUGUUGGUAUGGAGGAGGAAAUGGACACAUUGGUGUCCAAUUUGAAGAACAAGACUGAUGUGUUUGAGGUUAUUUCGAUAUGGGGUAUGGGUGGUCAGGGAAAGACUACCCUUGCUAAAAAGAUAUAUAAUCAUGUCGAUAUUCGAGGUCAUUUCAAGGCAUUUGCUUGGAUUUGUAUCACUCAACAAUUUGAUAGAGAGAAAGUUCUUAAGAGCAUUUUUAAACAACUUGUUCCGGGGAGAAGGGAAGAGAUUUCGGACAUGGAAGAUAGUGAACUUGUCCGAGAACUCUACAAUGUACAAAAAGAUACAAUGUGUUUGGUAGUUGUGGAUGACAUCUGGAUGCUUGCCGCUUGGGAAUGCCUAAGGCCUGCGUUUCCUGUUGGCGAGGAGACAGUUGGUAGCAAAAUUCUACUAACUACGCGUAAUAUUGGAAGUGUUGCUGGUUUGGGUUCUACGUAUAAGCUCAGGUCUUUAACCGAGGAGGAGGGCUUGCUGCUGCUUUCUAGAAAAGCAUUUCCUCAAGGGGUUGAUGCUAAAGAAAUGAGGCCUGUCCUGGAGAUAGAAGAUGUAGGGAGGAAAAUAGUUCAAACAUGCCAAGGUUUACCACUAGCAAUUUCUACAAUAGGAGGGAUUUUAAAAGGCAAAGGUUUAAGAGACUGGGAAUUGAUAAACAAAGAUAUUUCUCUGUACCUGAGUAGGGGAGGAGGGCUAAAAGAGGAUGAAUACUAUACUGUAAGACAAGUUUUAGCUUUAAGCUAUGACAAUUUACCCCAAUGUAUGAGGCACUGCUUUCUUUAUCUGGGAAAUUUUAAAGAGGAUGAGAAAAUAUAUGUGGAGGAACUGUAUCAACUGUGGUUAGCUGAAGGUCUGGUAAAAUCUGAUGAUCAAGAAACAGGCGAGAUGAUGUUGGACAAAGCAGAACGUUACAUGGUUGAAAUGGCGCAGAGAAGCCUUAUUGAAGUUGAACAAAGAGAUGUUGGAGAGUCAUGGUCAACUUUUCGAACUUGUCGUGUUCAUGAUCUUAUCCGGGACAUGUGCCUGUUUAAAGGAAAGGAGGAAAAGUUUCUCAACCUGAUUGAUUUUCAGCACACAAAUGAUAUGUUGCUAAGUUCAGAAUCUAAAUCAUCUAGAGACGUUGCCCGCAUUCUCAGUCUCUAUUCAUACGAUGAUAGUCAUAGAUCAAGUUUUAAAGUCUUUGACGAAAAUGUUAUUAGACAACUUCGAUCUCUUCUGUUCUUCCGGAACUACAAGAGUUCACUCAGAGAGUGGCCUGGGAAAAUCCUUUGUAUCAAGAAGUUUAAGCUGCUACGUGUUUUGAUGCUCACUGAUUUUGAUUUCAGCAAAAGAAAAUGCUCACCUCUUAGACGAAUAGGCGAGCUAGUCUACUUAACGUAUUUGAGUUUUUUGAAUAGUUCACUGGAAGAUCUGCCAUCAUCAAUAGGUGAUUUGAAGAACUUGCAAACACUUGAUCUAAGAGUAAGGGGUGAUAUUAAUAUUCCAAAUGUUUUCUGGAAGCUAAAGCAGCUUAAGCACUUGUACCUUCCUCUUCAUAAAAUUCGUAAACUAGAUGCAGUCAAAAAAUUAAGAAUGGAUGGCUUAAAUGAGUUAGAACUGAUGAGAUAUUUUGACACAACAUACUGUGAAACAAAUGAUCUCAUGAAACUAAGGAAGCUUCGAGUCCUUCAUGUAAGAGUAAUUGUCAAGGACCUUGAAGAAGUUAUGAGCUUCAUCAGUUCAAACUCAUUGCGCCACUCUAUCCUCGAAGUGAAAGAUUCCAACUUAUGUUCAGAAGAUGGGAGUUCUUGUCUGGUACAAUUGCUGGAGUGUCCCUUUAUCAACAGCUUGUGGAUUGAUGCACAUGUAGGCAUACUACCUAAGAACUAUGACCACAGUCAUUUCUCGCGGUUACUCACUCGAAUCGUCAUGGUUAACUGUGAGUUUGAGGAAGACCCUAUGAUAUUACUGGAGAAGCUUCCCAACCUACAAACUCUGCAAAUGGGAAACAACUCGUAUCUGGGAAGGGAGUUAGUCUGUUCUGCUCAGGGUUUUCCUCAGCUCAAAAGGCUAUGGCUUCAUAGGUUGCCUCACUUGACUAUGUGGAGGGUGAAUAAAGGUGCCAUGCCUAAUCUUUCUUCCUUACAGAUUAACAACUGUCCUAAUAUGGUGAUGCUUCCUCAUGGGUUGAUAUUUCUUUCACUUCUCAAAGAGCUUAUGAUCGUGAAUAUGCCUGAGACGUUCAAAGACAGGGUUCGAGUUAUUGGUCGUGUAGAAGGACAGGAUUUUUACAAAAUUCGUCACAUCCCUUAUAUAAGCAUUUAAGGGUGAAAGUAGAUCAUCUGUCGAAGUUUAUGCUUAGCUUGUAAUUUAGGUGUAUGAUUUCUAUCGUGCAAGGUCACAUUUUCCAACUCCUGGAAACAGCUUCUUGAUACACCAAGAUCCUUAUAUUUGAAUCAGAUUAGUCA